AUGUCAAGGUCAUCAAGUCUCAUCACUUUGCAGAGCUCAGAAGCAGCGCCACCACGUCUUGUUCGUGUGGAGCGCAGGCCAAGCUUUGGAAAAAGAUUGGAAACCAUCGAGGAAGAGGCCGAUCAGGGAAGUCACGGUCGCAAUUGCAGCGAGAAACAACCGGCAUUUGGAUCGGGAAGUAAGGCUGAAUUUCCGAAACAAAGUCCGGCUCUGGUGGCUCGCUGA